AUGGCUACGGAUAUCCAGAAGUUAAUUGGAACAAGUGAAGAAGAUGAGGACGAAGAAAUGGAGAUGGACGUGAAAGAAGAGGGCGAUGACGAUGAUGAAGAAGAUGGUGAGAAGCAUGUUGAUGCCACCUCUAUGAUUGCGGGGGUUGAUGGAGGAAUGCCAACAAGAAGUAGUAAUAAUAACCGGUUUCAGCAGCACCAUCAAAUUCAAGAACAAGUGGGGACCCCAGGAGGGGGAGGAGUCAGGAGGUGUAGACCGAUAGAGGAGAAGGAAAGAACCAAGUUAAGAGAGCGGCAGCGCAGGGCGAUCACUGCAAGGAUCUUAGCAGGGUUACGGAGGCAUGGAAAUUAUAAUCUUAGAGUUAGGGCUGAUAUCAAUGAUGUAAUUGCGGCUUUGGCUAGGGAAGCUGGCUGGGUUGUUCUUCCAGAUGGAACAACAUUUCCUGCAAAAUCUCAGGGCCCAAGGCCUGCUGGUGUCAAUUCUGCUGCAGUAUCUUCCCAAAUGGUGUCCCCACAAACUCCUGCUUCCCUUAAAGGAGUUACUUCUGGCUAUCGGAGCUCUGGGGAGCUUAAUGCUUGUAACAUGAAAGGUGUUUUUAUUCCUAGUUCAUCACCUUAUGAUCUCCCCUCAAGUGCUCGGUCUCAAAAUUCAUCCAUUGUGGGAGAUGGAGGAGGUCAAACAGAUAGUCAUCCUCUUAUUGGUGGUUCCAUGGAUAAUGUUGGUGACAAACAGAUUGUUGACAUACCCCUGAAGUUACCAGAACGUGAUUACUCCAACACCGCAUGCAUUCCUGUUUAUGUGAUGCUACCUCUAGGUGUCAUUAAUAUGAAGUGUGAGAUGGUUGAUCCAGAUGGUCUACUAAAGCAGCUAAGGAUAUUGAAAUCAGUUAACGUUGAUGGUGUUAUGGUUGAUUGCUGGUGGGGAAUAGUAGAAGGACAUGCUCCAGGGGAGUAUAACUGGAAUGGAUACAAGAGGCUCUUUCAGAUGGUGUGCGAACUUAAGCUGAAGCUGCAGGUUGUGAUGUCAUUUCAUGAAUGUGGAGGCAAUGUUGGUGACGAUGUAUGUAUUCCACUGCCCCAUUGGGUGGCUGAAAUUGGUAGAAGCAACCCUGACAUAUUUUUCACUGAUAGAGAGGGAAGACGUAAUCCUGAAUGCCUUUCAUGGGGAAUUGACAAGGAGCGAGUUUUAAGAGGGCGAACAGCUGUCGAGGUGUACUUCGACUGCAUGAGAAGCUUCCGUGUAGAGUUUGACGAGUACUUUAAAAAUGGUAAUAUCUCCAUGAUUCAAGUUGGACUAGGUCCGUGUGGGGAAUUACGAUACCCAUCUUGUCCUGUAAAGCAUGGUUGGAGAUAUCCCGGCAUUGGUGAAUUUCAGUGUUAUGAUCUGUAUUUGCUGAAAAGUCUGAGGAAGGCGGCAGAAGCAAGGGGACACUCCUUCUGGGGUAGAGGUCCAGAUAAUGCAGGUUCUUAUAAUUCCCGGCCACAUGAAACCGGUUUCUUUUGCGAUGGGGGUGAUUAUGAUAGCUACUAUGGCAGGUUCUUCCUUAAUUGGUACUCUCGAGUUUUAGUUGAUCAUGGUGAUCGUGUUCUUUCUCUAGCAAAGUUAGCUUUCGAUGGCACCUGCAUUGCUGCAAAGCUAUCAGGUCUUCACUGGUGGUACAAGACAGCCAGUCAUGCAGCUGAAUUGACUGCAGGCUUCUAUAAUCCAUGCAAUCGAGAUGGUUAUGCUGCAAUUGUGACAAUGCUAAAGAAGCAUGAAGCUACUUUAAACUUAGCGUGCACUGAAUUGCACAUGUUAGACCAGCAUGAAGACUUCCAAGAGGCACUGGGAGAUUCUGAGGGUUUAUUCUGGCAAGUGCUGAAUGCUGCAUGGGAUGUUUGCGUACCAGUUUCUAGUGAGAAUGCUCUUCCUUGUCAUGAUCAUGUCAGCUACAAGAAGAUAUUGGAUAGUGCCAAACCCUUGACUGAUCCGGAUGGAAGGCAUUUGUCAUCUUUUACCUACCUUAGGCUCAGUCCACUUCUCAUGGAAAGACACAACUUCAUGGAAUUUGAACGAUUUAUUAAGAGAAUGCACGGGGAAGCUGUUGGCCUCCAAGUAUAUAGCAACUAG